UUGAAACAUUACUCUCAGUUCAUUUACCAUUUUGUUUUCUAUUGGAUGGUUAUAUCAUUGUCUUGUCUCGAAGACAAACUUUUGAUACAUGUGAACCUAUAAUAUAUUUUGUAAUAUACCUAACCAGACAGUUAUAAUGGUUAAUUCUAGCGUUAUAGUUUGCGCGAUUAUUUUAACAAUUUCGUUGCACAGGACAUUUUCGGUAUCGGUGCAUAAGCCGGCGAGUUCCUCCAAUGUAAACAAUACGACGAAUUACGAAACAUCAGGAAGAAAACCUGUUACACAAGCUGAUGAAGACAGUGACGAAACUAGUCAAGAAGAUGCGGAUGACGAAAAUGACACAGUUGACGAUAGUAGUACCGAAUCAACCAAUGAAUACGAAGAGGACCGGAAUUGUACGUGCUCCGGUUCGAAUUGUAUGUGCUGCAUUAAUUUGAAUCUGUCGUUUAUUGAUUUGGGAGGACCAGGAUGCGUAAGAUUCAAUUAUCUGGCUCAAAAUGAUAGCAUGGCUGUGAAUAUUUCUUACGGCGAGAGACUUUUAGAAAGCAGCACCGUUAAAAGAGACUCGCAAGAAUCAACCUGCAUGGACCUGUUCUCCGAUUUGGCUCAAAUGUGCGCCAAAUUCUCCGGCCUGUCUAAGGUGGCAAAAGGCGUGAAAGGUUGCGUAUCCGUCGAACCACUUCUGCUAGGUGUUUCGCAAACCGUCUACGACGUUGGAUGUUUCAACAUGGACGUCGAAGGUGCCCAACCACCCCUGACACAUCAUAUACAACAACACAGCACCAGCAAUAAUUCAACCAAAGCGACAACAGCAAAGCCCGAAGAAAACGAGGAAGAAGAAGAGGAAUUAGCCGCAGCUAUCAGCCAAUCCGCCGAAGAAGGUAUAGCCUGGUUUAAUAAUUUCAUUACUUCUGUAUUCGGUGAAGAUUCCAAUGAUACGUCUUCCGAAACAUCAAAUGAAACGCCAUCGCGAAACAGACCGCUUAACCAGACUAAAUUAACUAGUUGAAAAACAGAUCGUUGGCCACAACAACAACAAUGAAUAAUUUAUACUCUGAAAAAAUUGUAUUGUAUAUUUAAGCCAUUUUUUUUUAUCACGUAAUUUAAAUUAUAUACGAAUGUAGGUACGUAUCUGCAUCAGUGCAUCGAAUCAUCAUUUCCAAGUUUCAUCGCGAAAUCCAGAAGAUUAAUUCACGAACCCUAGUAAGCCUGGAAAUGUGUAAUUUAUACAAAAAAAAUAAGAAAUAUUUUUGUAUUUUGUAAAAAUUGUGAUAUAUUUUGUAAUUUUUUUUGUUAUUUAAAUUAAAUAAAACAUUUUACACCCGA